GAGGCCGCGCGUACGCAGGCCUCCAGCUGGCACAAAUUAUGACGUAGGCUCAACCACUAUGGGCUGACCUUAGGCGGGCGCACCUCCUAAGUGCAAUGGAAGCCGCCAACCUAGGCCAUGGGCCUUAUUGAUCGCCCAUUGACCCCGUCCAGCUGCUUGCUGAACAAGGCCAAGUUGUUUCGCUAACAUGAAGUGAUGAUGAAGAAGAUCCUCUGCAGAAGAACCUAUUGCUCCACCUCCCUAUCGUCGUCUCCUAUCUGCAGCAUCGCGGACCAUUCAUCAACUAUUGAGUCCAAGAUCAUUGACUCUUGCAGAUCCCUCUCCCUCUCAUGUGCUCUGGCACUCUUGAACUCUACUUCGUCAACUGAACUCUCCCAUAAACCAAUAGUUUAUGCCUCUCUAUUGCAUACGAGCACCAAACUUGAGUCAUUUAUCCAUGGUAUUCAAUUUCAUUCCCAUCUUAUUAAAUCUGGUCUGGAGACCGACAGGUUCGUAGGAAACAACUUGCUUGCCCUUUACUUCAAAUUGUGCUCUAAUUUUUUGGAAACUCGGAAAGUGUUUGAUGGUUUGUUCUUCAAGGACGUCGUAUCUUGGUCUUCCAUGAUUUCUGGUUACAUUCGUACUGGAGACUCGAUAAAUGGGAUCCGCCUCUUCUUGGAUAUGUUGGAUUUCGGUGUCGAGCCAAAUGGUUUCACGAUAUCUGCUCUGAUCAAGGCGUGUACAAAGCUGGGUGAGCUAAAACUUGGCCGUUGCUUUCACGGAAUCGUUUUUACAAGAGGUUUCGAUACAAAUAAUGUCAUCUCCAGCGCUCUUGUAGAUAUGUAUGCGAAGAACUACCAAUUGAAUGAUGCACGCCAGGUGUUUGACGAAUUGUAUGAACCAGAUUCAAUUACAUGGACGUCGAUUAUUUCCGCAUACACGAGGAACGAUAUGUUUCAUGAAGCUUUGUGUUUUUUCUUCACCAUGCAGAAAGAUUAUGGAUUGUCUGCCGAUGUGUUUACAUUUGGGUCUGUCUUGACUGCUUGCGGAAAUCUGGUUAGAGUCAGACAAACUAAACAAGUGCAUACAAGAAUAAUUACAAGUGGGUUCUCUGGAAACGUGGUUGUCGAGAGCAGUCUAGUGGAUGCUUAUGCAAAAUGCGGAUUAAUGCAAAACUCUCAACUGGUUUUCGAUAGAAUGGUGAAGAAGAAUUCGGUUUCUUGGUGUGCAUUGCUGGGAGGAUACAGUCAAAACGGUGCAUACGAUACAGUUCUUGAAAUAUUCAGGGAAAUGGAGGUUGUAGAUCUCUACAGCUUUGGGACUGUAAUUCGCGCAUGUGCAGGUCUGACAGCUGUAAGGCAGGGAAAAGAGAUUCACUGUCAAUAUUUGAAGAAGGGAGGAUGGAGAAACGUUAUUGUGGAAUCAGCUUUGGUUGAUCUGUACGCUAAGUGUGGCUGUGUAGAUUUUGCAUAUAGGAUAUUCAAAGAGAUGUCUGAAAGAAAUUUGAUAUCUUGGAACUCAAUGAUAUGCGGGUUUGCACAGAACGGAAGAGGAACAGAAGCUCUUAACAUGUUCAAUGAGAUGAUUAACGCUAAAAUAAAGCCUGAUUAUAUAAGUUUCGUGGGGGUUCUGUUUGCAUGUAGCCAUACAGGUUUGGUUCAGCAGGGACGCGAGUACUUCAAAUUGAUGAGCGAGAUUAAACCUGGAAUUGAACACUACAGUUGCAUGGUUGAUCUCUUAGGCCGAGCUGGGCUGAUAGAAGAAGCUGAGAUUCUAAUUCUGAAUGGAGAAUUUGUAAACGAUAAUUCACUUUGGGCCGCCCUUCUUGGUGCUUGCACAACCAGUACAGAUUCGACAGUUGCUGAGCGAAUUGCUAAGAAAAUGAUGGAAUUGAAACCGGACUAUCAUUUAAGUUAUGUUCUUCUUGCUAAAAUGUAUAGAGCGGUUGGACGAUGGAGUGAUGCUCUUAAUAUCUGGCGGUUAAUGCAAGACAGAGGUGUGCAAAAAACUCCAGGAAAGAGCUGGAUUGAAUUAGGUAAGAACCAACUGCUAGCCUCUUAUAUUUAUAAAUGCUGAUUUCAAGAGAAGAAUUUAAAAUUAAUGAUGAUCA